AUGCUGGCCGUCGGCUGCACGCUGCUGGUCGCCCUGCUGGCCGCGCCCGCGGUCGCGCUGGUCCUCGGGAGCUGCCGCGCGCUGGAGGUGGCAAAUGGUACGGUGACGAGCCUGCCAGGGGCCACUGUUACCCUGAUCUGCCCCAGGAAGGAAGCAGCAGGCAACGUUACCAUUCACUGGGUAUACUCUGGCUCACAGAACAGAAAAUGGACUACCAUGGGAAACACACUGGUUCUCAGGGCUGUGCAGCUCAGCGACACUGGGAACUAUUUGUGCUUCCUGGAUGAUCACUUGGUUGGGACUGUGCCCUUGCUGGUGGAUGUUCCCCCAGAGGAGCCCAAGCUCUCCUGCUUCCGGAAGAACCCCCUUGUCAAUGCUAUUUGUGAGUGGCAUCCGAGCAACACCCCCUCUCCAACCACGAAGGCUGUGCUGUUUGCAAAGAAAGUCAACUCCACCAACGGCAAGAGUGACUUCCAGGUGCCCUGCCAGUAUUCUCAGCAGCUGAAAAGCUUCUCCUGCCAGGUGGAGAUCCUAGAGGGUGACAAAGUGUACCACAUAGUGUCACUGUGUGUUGCAAACAGUGUCGGAAGCAAAUCCAGCCACAAUGUAGCGUUUCAGAGCUUAAAAAUGGUACAGCCGGAUCCACCUGCCAACCUUGUGGUAUCAGCCAUACCUGGAAGGCCUCGCUGGCUCAAAGUCAGCUGGCAAGACCCUGAGUCCUGGGACCCAAGUUUCUACUUAUUGCAGUUCGAGCUUCGAUACCGACCUGUAUGGUCAAAGACGUUCACGGUGUGGCCGCUCCCGGUGGCUCAGCAUCAGUGCGUCAUCCAUGAUGCCUUUCGGGGAGUGAAGCAUGUGGUACAGAUCCGUGGGAAGGAGGAGUUUGACCUUGGCCAGUGGAGCGAAUGGUCCCCGGAGGUCACGGGCACUCCUUGGAUAGAACCCAGGACCACUCCGGCAGGGAUCCUCUGGAACUCCACACAGGUCUCUGUUGAAGACCAUGACAACCGUGAGGAUCAGUACAGAAGUUCUACAGAAGCAACAAGUGUACUCGCCCCAGUGCAAGAAUCCUCAUCUGUAUCCCUGCCCACAUUCCUGGUAGCUGGAGGAAGCCUGGCAUUUGGGUUGCUCCUCUGUGUCUUCAUCAUCUUGAGACUCAAGAAGAAAUGGAAGUCACAGGCUAUGAAGGAAAGCAAGAUGACUUCUCCUCCACCCCCACCAUAUUCCUUGGGACCCCUGAAGCCGACCUUUCUUCUGGUUCCUCUCCUCGCCCCAUCAGGGUCCCAUAACAGCUCUGGAUCGGACAGCACCGUAAGCCACAGCUGUCUGGGUGUCAGGGACACACAGAGCCCUUAUGACAACAGCAACAGAGACUACUUAUUCCCCAGAUAAUCGUCUGGACGGUACCUGGCAGCUGGCUCGGCACCAGGAGAUCAGCACACAAGUUUCUCACCACCAGUCCCAUCUGCCUGGUUUGGGGGUGGGGCAGGCGGGGCUGCAGCUUCACUAUCCCACAAGAGCUGGGCAAAGGCUCGGAGUGGGUGAAGACUGGUGUGCUGCCUAGGCUCCAAAGGAGGGGCUGUGAGGAACACAGGCCUUCAUGAAGAGAGCCUGCGAUGCCUUUGAAUAGAGACGCCCGUCAGCUAUGCACCUGAUAGUGGCUCAUAAGCUGUACCCUCAGGAAGCCUCAGGAAGGAGUGCCAAAGGCUGCCCCAGUUGCCUAGCUCUGACUCACUGCCCCAAGCCACCUUUUAACUUGAACUCGUAAAGUCCAACACUCUUUACCAUUCUCUUUCUGAGGCCACUGAGGCCGGGAAGAAGCUUGAUUCUACUUUCCUUCAAAACACCUGGAAAGCAGUCGGAGAAGCAGCUGACCCGGUGGUGGUGACUAAAUAUCUCAGGGCCUGAUGGUUUACGCGGAAUGACAAUGAAUUUCUCAUAAGCAGUUUUUAAAUGUGAAUGAUAAUCCUAGGCACUGCUGACUGUGGAGGUUUUAUUUUCUUCUUCGAUCUCAGGACUUCAGGAGAGAAGCAGAACGGAAGCAGAGAGAGGAUGGGUGUCCACUGUCCGUGUGGUACUCGACGGGGGAUACAGCCUGGAAACCACGUUUCCUGUGCCCUUACUCUCCCAGAGGAGGAAUGGUGGUGGGGGUGUCUCUCCCAGGGCAGAGAGUACAAUUACUUUACCCCAGCUUUGUCCAUACUGGUUUCAACUGGACUUGAGCUUCUAGGAAAGACGACAUUCAUGCAAAAAGAAAACUUUAGCUAGCAAGAAUGCACUUUCAUUUUGGUUUUUAGAGAACUCUUGAGUGUUUCUCUUGUGCUGUUGGAAGAGGCUGCUCACUGCAUGCUGGUGUACGAGCCCUCACCUCCACCCCUGGAGGGCCAAGUGCAGCAACUUUAGCCCAAACGCCAAGUCAAGUGAAAAUCAAGAAGAAGAAAAAAAAACAAAACACUGUUUCCUAUAACAGAAAAGCCUUUGGUUUCAUUUUGUAUCUUGAUUUUUUUUUUUGUCUUAAAAAGUGUAAAAAUAGUCUGUCCGUACUUUGCUUCAGGGAAUGAGCCUGUGAAUACCCCCAGGCAUAGGCAGGAAGGGUGUCUGCUUCCUGCUACACCUCAGCGUCACCUCGGCCUUCCUUGCUUUACUUUUGACUGAGUCGCCUCAGUUGCUUUUUCCUGGGGCUUUGAAGAAUCCAGAGAUGUUAGUGGUCACUGAGGAGACUGCAGAGCCACAGAGCCACAGAGCCACAGAGCCGUGCUGCCAUUAAAGUGAGCUACGCAACUACAACACCCCACAUCUGCCGUCCUACAGAACUAUGCUAGUAGCUUGUCUUUUCAGAAAAUAUCACCAUCACGAGAUGGGGCAGAGCUUGGAAGCUGUCACCCUGUGCUAUCUGCUUGCUAUCUCCAAGGGGCCACUGACUUAAGCAGUUAGUUAUUUUCUUUGCAGGUUUUGUACGUUUCAGGGUCUGUUGCUGUCUUAGAAAAAGCUCUGUAGGUUGACAAAAAAGAAAUCAGGCAGGUAUUCAUGUUUAUUUUUUCCUUCUUUCCUCCUUUGCUAAGUUUUUGGAACUCAAGGAUAACAAAAAUGCUGUGAAAGGGAAAUAUUAGAAAUAGCGAUCUUCAGGGGAUAGGUGCCUGUGCCCACGCACAGUUCUUCAGUCCCUCACAGGGCUCUGCCUGCAAGCUGUUACCCAAACAAACCAGGCAGAGCGGAAGAUUGAAAUCCAGAUAGCUCAUUAUCUCUGAAAGCUAAAUAGCUUUGAUCUCCAAGAUGUUAUUGCUUUCACUAUUGUUGUUACAGGAUAGCCUCCCCCAACCCCAUAUCAAAAGGAUGCCUUUUCCUUUUGACAGUUUAUAAGCUAAGUCAAUGAAGUCUGUUUCGUCUGAGCUCCAGCUUCCUUCAGUUCACACAGGUGUAUGCCCUCAGCUGCUCCUGGACUCAAAUCUGUGCUAGCUGAAUGGGUGUUCCAUCUUGGGUCACUCUUACUGGAGUUUCUGUUGCCCACAGGCUGUCUUGUCAACAGUACCACUUAACACCAGCAUUUGGCGACCAGAUGCGGAGGGUUUAGACAGAUGAUCUAAACAUGAUCUUUGCUGCAUGGUAGAAAGUGGGGAACACACACUGGUUCUAGUUCUAAAGUGACCUUUGGUUCUUCUGGCAUAGUGAAAUUUAAACUAUUUCAAGGGAGAAGCCUUGGCCACACCUAUGACAUUUGGUGACAGUCCUUUCUCUCCAUGAGCCUUGUCCUCGCACAUUCUCACCUGGCUGAAAGCUCACACUGAAUCUUUCCUAUGUCCCUGGUGUCUUGGGAGAAAGGAAACUGGUGUGGGCUUUCCUGCUGGAAUUGUCUUGGAGCCAGUGUGGAGUAGAGCCCAGCAGGGUGGGCCAUGGUUAGUUAUGGCGUGCCAGUUUAAGGAAGGCCUGGUCUGCCUGACUGCUUGGGUUCUGAGCUGCAGAAUUUCCUAAGCAGUUCUUUAUGGCUGACCUAGUUGGGGAAGAUUCUCACACUCAACUGCAGGUGGAGGUGGUGAGGAACCUGUUUUCAUUUGGAGGGGCAGGAUCAUCCUAAGAGCCUUUUCUGUGGUCCGGCCUACAGUGAGGGCUGGUGGGAAGAAGCAAGCCAGCUGGUUCAGGUUCUGGGGCUGGCGCUGGGGAGGGUCUGCCAAAGGUCUCUCCAGCUUCUAGUGCUAGUGUAGUUGGGUGCCAGUUCCAGGAAGUUUCUAUGGCAACCUUAACGCUUAUUAAGGAACGUUGUCAGUUUUGUGAACAUAUGCUCGGAUGGAGAUCUUGUUUUCAGGGAAAGGACUGGUACAGUGUGUAGCAAGCUGGAACAGACAGAGAGACUUUUUGGCAAGAGAUCACAUCCGUUAAACAGGAUACCUCAAUGCUACAUGUUUUUGUCUCUGAGACAAUAUUUUUAAGGUUUUUACACUCUGUUACCUGUAAGCUGAUACCUAAGACUUUCUGCAAAGUCAGUGUUUUUCAAUGCUUUUUUUUUUUUUUGCCAUUGUUUGCUUUAAAGUGAAAUUUGUAACAGUUUGAAAUAAACAAU